CGCACAAACUGAGCGCUAAAACCUCGCUGCAACAAGAGGCUGAAGAGAAGCCAAUUCAACUUACUGGGACUCCAUCAUCAAGGAUGCUUGAAAACCACUAGCUUCCUCCUUCUGCGAUAUUUGGGGUGAUGAACUCUGGACUAUUGUUGGAUUACGCAAUGUGCCGUGCACCACAGAAGGCUGCACGUUCCGUCCGUAGGAGGACGUAGCGAUGGAUUCGUGUAGAUGAAAGAGUCCAACAUGCAUCGGGAAAGUGGCUCACAAAUGCUGGUGGUGCUCAGCUCUGUGUUUCUGUUCCUGACACAUGGUCGAGCCGCUUCCAGAUGCGCAAACAACGCAUGUAGUCCGUCACUUCAGAACCUGGCCAGAGGCAGGACUCUCACAACGCUUCCAGGGAGCUGCAGAAACAGCUCCCACCUCUGCCCUGAGGAGCCUCACCCACCCGCUCUCAUGACCGACGAUCAUUUUCUGCAGAGUUGGUGGGAAUCAGGUGCAGGAGCCACAACAAAUGGAAAUCAGGUUGAGAUCCGUUUGGACCUGGAAACACAGUUUUGCUUGUCUCAUGUGGUUUUGGUGUUCAGAUCCCCCCGUCCAGCCGUCAUGACUGUUGAACGGUCCAGGGACUUUGGGAAGUCCUGGGAGUUUCUAAAGCUUUUUGCACACAACUGCACUGUGGCGUUUGGUUUGCCCGAUGACAUGAAUCAUCCAGGGUCUCCCUGUACGUCCCGUUACUCCAGUGCGACCCCCUGCAGCGGUGGUGAGGUGAUCGUACGCACACUUGACCCCGGCAGCCUCAGUAAAGUGGACCCCUAUAGUUCAGAAGGCAUCUCUCGCCUGGUCCUCACUAACCUUCGUAUCCGACUGCUGAAGCCUCAGACAUGUCCUGACGUCCCGCAGACACCCACGGUCUCAGCUCCAUCCUCCGCAGCGGCUACCCAAAACUCCAGCGCCGCACCGUUCGCCAUUUACACUUUACUGGCCCAGGGGACCUGCCUGUGUCACGGACAUGCCGAGGAGUGCGUUCCACAUGACAGCGCCGGAGACUCCAGGCACGAUCGUAACCGGGUGUGGGGCAAGUGUCUGUGCACUCACCACACAGCUGGGGACCACUGUGAGAGGUGCGCUGCCCUUUUCAACGACCGCCCUUGGAGACCUGCCAAUGGCACCAGUGGGGAAACAAACGCAUGUCAGAAGUGCGAGUGCAAUGGUCAUGCGGACCGAUGUCACUUCUCCCAGCGGGUGUGGUUGUCGACGGGUGGCACCAGUGGUGGAGUCUGUGAUGGCUGUCGGCACAACACUGUUGGGAGAAGGUGCCAGCGCUGCCGCCCCGGGUACCAUCGACAACCGUCUCAGCCCAUCCACUCACCCAACACCUGCAAACGCUGCUGGUGCGAUCCAAACGGCUCGCUCCCUCCAGAACCGCAUCAAGACGGACCAUGGUGCCACCCUCGGAGCGGCCAGUGCAGCUGUAAACCUGGUGUUGGGGGGUUCAGCUGCACUCGUUGCCUGCCCGGACACUGGGGUUUUGGAGUGGACGGAUGUAAACGCUGUACAUGCCCAGAUGUCUGUGACGCAGCCACUGGUCAGUGUCAAGACAGCUACUUGAACAAUCAGAUAUUUAACGUACCGUUUGGUGGGAAAAUCCCAGACAUAGAAGCUCAGACAUUUAUCAUGGAAGAAGACGCCCAGUGGUCAAAAGAGCUCGCUGUCUCUGCUUUGCAUUACACUGGAAAGUGCAGCUGUAAAGAGAAAAAGCUGCGCAGCGUGUCAGACCUCUGCAAGAGCAAGCACGGCUAUGUGAUCAAGGCAAGUGUGCUGUCGGCUCAUGACAAGGGCAGUUACGCGGAGGUGAAGGUCAAAGUGCGGAAAGUCCUGCGUGCAGGCCUGGGGACGCUGUACCUGGGGACAGUCAGUGUCUACCCGCUGUCCUGGACCAGCCGCGGGUGCACCUGCCCGAUUCUUAACCCAGGGAUGGAUUACCUGCUCGCAGGACCACAGGAGGAGGGGAGCGGGCGGUUGCUGGUCACCAUGCAGAGUGUGGUCGUCCCCUGGACGCCCAGGCUGGGCUUACUGCUCACUGAGGUCCUCAGAGAUGGAUGUCUGUGACCAGCGCGCCAAACACAACAGGUCCUUCCAGUGCUUCGAUCCUUAAAAAUGACCAUCACUUCUGGUCACAAGAGAAACACUUGUGGCUGAUCCAGACUGGAGAAGCGGAACUCCAUGUAUACACUUACAUUAAGGUUGUCAUUUAUAAGUGAUGUGUUUCUCUUCAAAUAAUUUAUUUUUGUCUGAAAGUCAUGGUUGCCUGCAUUGCUUUUAUGCACACAUCAAUACUGUCAUCUGUGCAGUUCUCAAAUGGUCAUCCAUAGGUUGAGUCAGAACUGUCACAUACAAACAGCUGAAGGCUAAACAGGGACACGGGAGCAAUGUGACUUCCAAAUCUGAAACUUAGUCGGGAGUAUGGCUGUAACAAAAGAUAAAACUUGGUCGCUGUGGAUCACAAAUUUGCUCUCAGUGAGAUAAAACACGGCAAUUGAUCGUCAGUCAUUUUAUUUGGUACAUGAUUGAAAAUAACCGCUUCAUUUAAGGCCUUGAGGA